GGCGCGCACGGAGCGCGGUGGCGGAGGUGAAGAUGGAGCAGGGCCCGGAGCAGCAGCAGUUCCAGCUGUUUGCAGAUGUGCAUGGCGCGGCGCUGCGAGCCUCGGGGGUUCCCCCGCUCUACUGGGAGAGUUUGCAACAGAAGCUGGCGCAGGAGGUGUUCGAUGCAGGAGAUGCGUUUGGGAUCAUGCGAGUGGAAGAUGAGGCCGAUGAAGAUGAUUCGGAGGAGAAGGUGUCACUUAACCCUGGGACGCCCCUCAUUUAUCAAGUAAUCGUCACCAAAGAAGAUGGACUUCAGGCUACAGAUGCCAAUAGUAUUUUCUUAAUAGACCACGCUUGGACCUACCGGGUGGACCAAGCCCGUCAGCAGCUAUGGGAUACCCCUGGCUUGCUGCACCGGAUGGCCAACCUCACUGGCGUUGAAUUCCACGGAGAGGUCCCAGACGAUGAUACCAUUGACAGUGUCUUAGCCGACUUGUGGGCUUUCAGCCACACCUAUAAGCUAUCGCAGGGGACAGCAGAAGAGCGGGUGCCGAUUUGGUACGUGAUGGACGAGUUUGGGUCUCAAAUCCGGCACUCGGACGAACCCACGUUCCAAGUGGUUCCUUUCUUUUACGGGUCGGCACAGGUGGCUUUCUCUCUGCUCUGGCCCCUGCGUGACCUCGACCACGGUGAGGAAGUCACGUGGGAUCACGCACACGGUGAGCAGAAUCCUCUCGUCAGGAAAUGCAGGCUGUUGCCUUGGCAACCCGCUGAUUUUAAGGGCAUCGAUGCCAGUGUCGGUGAACCUCCAGAAGAAUACUUUAAGGCAGUUUUCACUGACAACACCGAGAAUCUCCCUCUGCCAAUAGAACCACCAGUUUACCAGAAGGAUAAAAUUUUCAAGGUUUACUCGGAUAUUAAGCAAGUGGUGGAGAAUCUGGAUGGCCCCCGCUUUGCCUUGACGGAAGAUGAAGAGGAGGCCGAUAUUCUUUACUUGUACAAUCAUUUCAAAGACUACAGGACUCUGAGUGAGCAGAGGCCCCGUGUCCUGGUGAAUCAGUUCCCAUGUGAAAACCUGGUGACGGUGAAAGACUGUUUGGCUGCUGUGGCUCGGCGGGCGGGAGGUGUGGAUGGUCCAAAAUGGCUGCCGAUGACCUAUAACCUUUGCACCGAGCUGCCUCAGUUUGUCAGCUGUUACCAGCAACGUCAAGACAGAGGCGAGGACAAUCACUGGAUCUGCAAACCCUGGAACUUGGCUCGAGGACUGGACACGCACGUUACGAACAACCUCAACUACAUCAUUCGCCAAAGAGAAAGUACUCCCAAGGUGGUUUGCAAGUAUAUCGAAAACCCGGUGCUAUUUGAGAGAGAUGACAUAGAAGGGCUCGUUAAAUUUGACAUUCGCUACAUUAUCCUCCUCCAUUCAGUCCAACCGUUGGAGCUGUAUGCGUACAAUGUAUUCUGGCUCCGCUUUUCCAACAGGCCUUUCUCCUUGGAUCAUCUCGAUGACACUCAAAAGCAUUUCACAGUCAUGAACUACGCCGAUGGAAUUCCGCUGAAGCAGAUCCACUACGAUGACUUCAUACCAAUGUUUGAGAAGCAGUACCCCAAGUAUUCCUGGGCUGGUGUACAGGAGGAGAUAUACAAAUCGUUUGUUGAGCUAUUUCAAGUGGCCACGGCUAAACCUGCCCCCUCUGGGAUCUGCAACUACCCGUCAUCCCGGGCAAUCUAUGCCGUCGACCUCAUGCUGAAAUGGGACGCUGAUGAUGAUGGAAGGCGGAUCAUGCAGCCUCAGAUUCUGGAGGUGAACUACAACCCCGACUGCGUGCGAGCUUGCAAGUAUCACCCUAGCUUUUUCAACGACGUGUUCAGCGUGCUGUUCCUGGAGGAGGAGGCCGGGCACAACGUCACUCUCUUGAGCUGAUCCCGUUCGCAAUUGUCCCCGACCGCACGGCGCACAUUCUCGGGAGAACUUGCAGCUUUGAGGCGGGAAACCGGUCGGCAGGUGAAAGACGGCACCAAGUAACGGGGGCAGAAUUGGGCCAUUCGGCCCAUCGGGACUACCCCGCCAUUCAUCGUGGCUGAUCUUAUCAUUCCCUCUCAACCCCCUUCUCCUGCCUUCACCCCGGACACCCGUACAAGUAGGAAGAUACAGAUGUCAGGCAUCUAGAAAUUGAAUGAACUAAUAAGUUUAUUGGCCAAGUAUUCACAUACAAGGAAUUUGCCUUGCUGCUCCGCCCGCAAGUGACAACAUGACAUACAGUGACAGUUAGCAAUGACACACAAAACAUUAAUAAUUAACCAUUAAAAUCCUGCACAUUAACACCUUUCACAUCGUUGGAAUUUGAGUUUAAGCCUAUUUUCAACUUCUAUCACAGUGCCUUUCGUGGGGAAUAAAAGCCCUUUAUGGGACGGUCAUGAUUUACAGGUGGUUUGACAAUCUCGCAUUAAAUAAAGAAUCUUGCAUUGGU